AUGGGUCUACUAGCCCUCGGAACUGCGCUGGAGUGGCCCGAGGCAAAGAAGCGAGCCGAUCAGGUUAGAGAAUGGGGUAUCAAGCAACUCCUUGAGAUCUGGAACAAGGCCAAGGGUAAGGAGAGAGAUGCCAUGCUUUGGGGAGAUGAGGUUGAAUACCUGGUUGUCACAUACGGAAAGGAUGAAGAAAAGGUCCUGCUCUCUCUCAGACAAGCUGAGAUUCUCGAGGCACUAGCUGCCGAUAAGGAACUGGCCAAGGAGUGCUGCGUCCCUGCUUUACUGGACGGCCCCGUAGAAAAGUCCAAAACAUCUCACCCGCUUCCCGUCUUUCACCCCGAGUUUGGUCGGUUCAUGCUUGAAGCCACCCCGGGCAAACCGUGGGGCAUUGGGUUCAAGGAGCUGCUUGAUGUCGAGCCCGACAUGAAGCUCCGUCGCAAGAUCGCCAAAGAUCACAUGUUAUCCAAGGAGUACCCAAUUACCCUGACGACAUUCCCGCAGAUAGGAGUACCCGGGCAAUUCACCGAUCCCUACUAUCCGCCGUCUGGACCAAAACUUCGGUCCCAGUUUGUUCCAGACGAAAUCGCCAAUCCUCAUAUCCGGUUUCCCACCCUGGCUGCCAAUAUCAGAUGGCGCCGUGGUCGCAAGGUGCAGGUGAAUGUGCCUGUAUUCCACGACAAGAACACUCCCACACCUUGGAAGGAUCCUACUGUCAACCACGAUCUUCACAACUGGCCCGAGGAUGACGACGUGCGAAAUGGUGCCGCCCCCGAUGACUUCAUUCACAUGGACGCCAUGGCUUUCGGCAUGGGCAGCUGUUGUCUCCAGAUCACCUUCCAAGCAAAGAACAUCACUGAGGGCAGACAAAUGUACGAUCAGCUCAGCCCACUGGGACCAAUCAUGUUGGCCUUGACUGCUGCUACACCAAUAUACAAGGGCUUUUUGGCCAGUACAGAUGUCCGGUGGAACCAAAUAAGCCGCGCGGUGGACUGCAGGACACCCGAGGAGCUGGGGGAAAAGCCACUCAAGAAUGAUCGGUGGAGAAUACCCAAAUCGCGCUAUGCAUCCAACUCGACGUACAUUUCUACAGAUCCGAGGCUUCGUCCAGAAUACAUGGACCCGGACCUGGUGAUUGACCCCGAGAUCAAGGCCAAGCUCAUGGAAGGAGGAAUGGACGACCUCCUCGCCACCCACUUUGCACACCUCUUUAUCCGAGAUCCAAUCGUCGUAUUCGAAGAGGACCUCCAGGAGCUCGAUCUCAACAAGACGGACCACUUUGAAAACAUCCAAUCCACCAACUGGCAACACAUGCGAUUCAAGCCGCCGCCUGCCGAAAACAACAUUGGCUGGCGAGUUGAGUUCCGCCCCAUGGAGAUUCAAGUCACUGAUUUCGAAAACGCCGCCUUCUCCGUCUUCAUGGUGCUCGUCACCCGUGCCAUGCUCUCCUUCGACCUCAACUUCUACAUCCCCAUCAAGAAAGUGGACGACAACAUGGAGCGCGCUCACGGCGUCGACGCCGUCCUAAACAAGACCUUCUACUUCCGCAGGAAUCCCUUUCCCCUGCGUCAUUCCCGCGCUAAUACAGCCUUUGGCGAGGAGAGCCGCCCCGGCUCCGCCAUGCCUAGCCGCGGCGGCUCUCCAGGCCUUUCCGUCGACGAGGAAUACGCAGAAAUGUCCAUUGAUGAAAUCAUCAAUGGCUCUGCCGACGGUGGAUUUCCGGGCCUGAUCCCCAUCGUCGAGAGCUAUCUCGACAGCGUCAAUGUCGACGUCGAAACCCGCUGCCAGCUGGCAACGUACCUGUCACUCAUUAGCAAACGAGCCAGCGGCCAACUCGACACAACGGCUCGCUGGAUCAGGAACUUUGUUGCCGCUCACCCGCGCUACAAGCACGACAGUUUUGUAGACGAUGUCAUUACUCACGAUCUCAUUGGUGCCGUCAUCGCCAUAAGCGAGCGCGAGAGCGCGGGAAAAAACUUUGCUGGUCUUGGAAUUCACGGCCUCCCAAGGCUUCUGGGCCGAUUCAGAGGCGGCUGCGGUCAGGACGCCGUGAUAAAUGGAGAGAACGGCAAUGGCGAGUCGGUCAGUGAAUUUACUACUGUGGAAGAGAAUGAGCCAGAGGCCAGCUCGCGAAAGAGGAAGAGCGGGUGGAUAGAUGGAGACGAAGAAGCCUCUGGGAGAGAAUAA